AUUGUUAUGUUCGCUUUUUGUGGCAUAGAAUGUCACUUUUUUGAGUAAGUGGAUCAGAAUGCCAGAGGGGUUGAAGAUUUCGCAGAGCGUGUCCCCGGCGACAAGGGCGGGUGCGGGAGACAUCUCAGAGAGGGAGCUGAGCAGGGAACUUUGCCACUUGACCACUCCGCCUGCGCGUUUACAAAGAACUUACCAUAAGAAGCAGUUGUUUUCGACGCCAGUUAACAAGUUUACUGCAAAGACCUCAGUCCCAAGUGCCAACUUGGAAAGGAUUCGCAGCUGUUUAGACGAGUACCGGACUCCGUCGAAGCCUGCUAAAAUAGGGCCUAAAGCUGUUUCUUUGGAGGACUUGACGCCUACUAAGAAAAUCAAAAGUGAAACAUUACUUUCCAACAGUAAAGAUGGUAAUUUGCAUAUUGUGAAGUCACCCGGACUGCACGGUAUCGCUGAAGAGCAUGCUGCUGCGAGGAUUGGGAAAUUUAUGCUGUUAGUUUCAUGGAGAAGGCGACGCGAAGAAAUUAGGUGUGUGCGAAAAACUUUGGAGUUUCAGGUAAGCUGUUCUGAACGGCUACGUAUCCAAGUCUGCACCCUUAAGUCUUUGCUGGACUCUGACAAUGCUAAAGUGCGUUUGGCGAUAAGAGAGUUGGAAAGACUGAAGCAGCUGCUGAAAGAAAAAGAACUGGAGAAAUCUAUCCUAGAGAAGGAAAAAUACGCGUUGGAACAAGAUGUGUGCGCUGCAGAAGAUCGCGCGUCUGAAAUAAGUAUUGGCUGGCGCGACUGUCGCGGCGAGCUGGAGCACGCGCGCGCCGCGCUGGCCGCGUGCGAGCGCGCGCUGGCGCUGGAGCGCGCCGAGCUCACCGGCGUGCGCGCGCAGCUGGACCGCUCCAGCGACAGGGUGACUGCUUUUGGAACUAACGCUUCCUUACACGCACUUGACUUGGCCAGCGACCUGAUAGCCUCAUUGGAAGACGAUUUAACGCAUCACGAGACGUUGCUAUCGGCCAGCGAGGCGCAAGUGACGAUGUUGCACAACGAGAUUAACAAAAUGCAAGAACAACUUGAUCAGUCUCGCGAGGAACUGCGACUCGAGCGGGAAGCCCACGAGCAGUGCUCACACGAGCGCUCGGCCCUGAGCGCGCGCGUGUCCGGGCUCGCGCUGGAGGUGGCCGCGCUCCGGGUGCAGCUGGAGCGCGAGCGGCUCGCCUGGUGGCCGCGGCCGCUCACCAGAAUGCUCGGAGUAGCGCGAUCUUGGAUGCGCAAUCCGAUGUCUCUACCUGAAGUCGUUCUGUGGACUCUCAUCCCGGCAAGACGUGGUUGUUAA